CCGCCCCCGGGAGUUGGAGCUCAUUGAGGAAUUCUUCAUGGUACUUACUAGGCUGAGAACGGGAAUGGCUGGCAGGGAAAUGGCCCGCAAUUUUGGAGUACAUGAAGCGACGGUGAGCAGGCUGUUUACAACCUGGAUAAACUUCCUGCAGCGAGAGUUGAGUACACUGACACGGCUUCCAUCUCUGCACGAAAUUCAGAUGUAUCUGCCUCAUGCCUUUCGCUACUUCGUAAACACAAGAAUAGUUCUCGACGGAACGGAGGUGCGCAUCCAGAGGCCCUCUUCCCUGGCUGCCCAGAGGCAUACUUUUUCACCUUAUAAGCACUUUAAUACUUAUAAGGCAGUCAUUGGCUGCACCGCUGAUGGCUACGUUUCAUAUGUUUCCAAGUUAUGGGGAGGGUCAGUUUCAGACAGGCUGAUUGUAGAGGAGAGUGGGUUGUUAGGGCUAUUGGAGUCAGGUGACGCCAUUAUGGUGGAUAAGGGUUUCAAGCUUAAUAACAUACCAGCAGGGGUUCAGGUGCACAUCCCUGCUUUCAGAAAGCCGCAAGAGCCGCAAAUGCCAGAGGAGGACGUUGCGCACUCCCGCCGGGUGGCUAGUGCCAGAGUAAUUGUUGAGCGUGUGAUUGGGAGGGUAAAACAGUUUCACAUUUUGGAUCGUCCGUUCCCCAUCACAAUGAUCGGCAUUGCUAACCAGGUCUUUCAAGUUUGUUGUUUCUUAAGCAAUUUCCGGGAGCCACUGACUAGGGAUGACUAGUGUCACAGUCAAAACAUGUAAACUUCCCUGUGUAAAUACUUUAAGGCAAUGAAAAAUUUUGCGAAAAAACAAAUCACUUGCACGACUUAUUUAGCAUGCACGCUGAAUGAUGCAUGUUAAAUGGAUGCGAAACAAGAUUUUGGAUCUCGUAAAACAAGCCAGGUGCAAUAGGCGGGACAUUACAAACCCCCAUAACAUCACUCGUACCGCAAUAUUUCGAACGGAUGGCCGUAUUUUUAGGAAAGAAGGGAGCGAUUGAACGACGAAGGCAGGCAAGGCCUGUCAUGUUCAGAUCCUCAUUCCCCCUCCCCUUUGCCCCCUCGAGGAGGUAAACCGAACCGAGGAGCAGAGAAGGACGUCCGUUUUCUCUUGUUCUCAACCGUUCCCAGAGAAUGGCUACGUCGCAUUCUUUGCUCAGUCCUGCCCUUUUUGUCCAAAAACACGGCCAUCGGUUCGAGAUAUUGCUGUACGAGUGAUGUUUUGGCGUUCGUAGCGUCCUGUGAACACUUCUGCGGCCUUAUUUUGUGAAAUCCGAAUUUUGGUUCAGCAUUCCUUGAAAGACCCUGUGUUAGUAGUCAUUGUGCAAUCACUGUAACAUUAUAACUUCAUCACUCUGUCCAACCACGUUAGACCUAUUGUUUGUGGCACUUUCCCGAUUUUAGCAAUCAUAUUUACUAGAACAUACAUAAUUUCUGAAUGUAGGCCGACCCUUGUAUUAAAGAAAAAGAAAUAUCUGAGGCGAAAUACAAACUAAUUAAAUAUAAACGGACAGUCUGGCCACAUCAAGCUUCCUACCACUGCUCUGCGCACACAUACAGCUUCACCGCUUUGCAUCUGUGUGCUUGGUAGAAGUAGCCGACUCGCGUGGCAUACCUCAAACAGCUUUAUCCUCUCCGAAAUUUUGCUCACUAUUACAGGUCUCUCAUUGUUGCAAAUAUAUUUCUCAUUAACACAUGAUUGUUGAUUAUAUGUAAGCCUGAAGUUAUCUGGAGAUGUGUGCUUUGUUGGAAUAGGUUACUGAUGGCCAGAGUUGGAAGUUCCCUAGACUUGGACACCUUGGCUUUGAGCAGGCACGUGCGAUUUUUUGUUGUAUAAACAGUUGAAAGAAAUGUAAAUAUGUUUGAUAGCCUGUUCCAACUAACCUUGUAUACCUGUUUGCCAGCACAUUAGGGGCUGUUGAUUUCAAUAAAAUACGAGCGCUAGCUUCGA